AUGUCGAACAACAACUUGGGUUCGUACCCCGCGGACGCCGCUGCCCACCCCGAUCACAUGAAUUGCGUCUAUGCCAUCUCAGGAACAUAUGGCCUACUUCCUCGAGCUCUGUACUAUGUGACUCUAGCCUUUGCCAUCUUUGGUCGACAUCGCCAAUGGCUGGUCAUUGGUGCCUUGGUCACGGCAAUGACCUAUGCUGGAACAACAGCAAUUCAUCAAAUGGCAUUAGUGUCCAGCAAAGAGUAUAUCUACGACCUCGAUAUCCUGGGCGCCUGGGCCAUACUGAGCUCCGGCGCACUUGCAUAUAUUGGUAUGAUGCAUUGGAGUAGCACGCUGAGGGAUUCACACGUCCGAGUGAUAUUCCUCCUCUGGGGCCUGCUGCUGGGUAUAGCUCUGAUCUUCGGUCGGAGCGAGAUUUUCAGCACACCGCUGACGCCGCCUGAGCCAGCAUGCUACUCAUCGACUGGACAGUUGCUGGAAUAUCCCAUCGAGCUAGGCAGCCCGCUAUUCAACUGUACAUACCAAUGCUUCUCAAAGCGCAAGCCGAUGCGACAAGCUUCAGAAGUCAUGGCAAUUCCAUACUCGACUCUCAAGAACAAAUACACAGACUUGUCCGUUGUGCUGGUAGGCCCCAUCCAGUUUGCUGCAUACGCAGCCCUUUCGUGGGAUUCGAUGCAGCACAGUCCGUCACGCACAUGUACCUGGAUUGUCAUGAAAUACCUCCAGCCUAAACAUCAUGAAAGACUGGUUCGAUUCAUCCACGAUGCCUCAAUGGAGCACAGAUACGGUGGUUAUGUACUACUCAUCCAUUUCAUGUGGCGCAUCCCGUGGUCGUGGCUCAAAUUUUGUCUAGUGAGCUUCACACUGCCAUGGUUCAUUCUGGGUGUCAUCGUGGAUGUCCUCGCUUUGCCGCUGCUGGUCAUCAACAUCACCCUGAACGAGAUCACUUUACUGAAACCUGAUCUACCCACCAACGAAGCUAACUAUGCAAUCGGUCAGUGGGGUCCAUGGACAGCCUCUGUGAUGGUUGUUUUUGCAACCUUCCUCAAUCAGUUUCUACUCUGGAACAUGCGCCGAAAACAGCGGGCAAAAGCAGCCGCAGAUGAGAAGAAACGGCAGAAGCAGUCGGAGAACGUGUACGAGAUACAGGAACGUCUCGAGGAGCAAACAACAGGAGUGGUCAAGCCGGGCCUCAUGCACAUUCCGACUCUACAAGAUAUGGGCCGACCUACCUGA